GUCCAGGCUCGGCUUGGAGGCCGGCGGCCGCGCCGAGGUCAGCAAAACAACAACAACAGCAAGCAAAAUGACAGCUGUGAGGUAUGAACAAGGGAUCCAGCCAAGAGAAUCAACUGGCUCUGCAACAACUGAAGAGGCCACAGUAAAGAUUGAUAACGGUCGUGAUGAGAGUAAUGAACCAGACAGCUGCUCCAAUGCAACUAGAAGAAAAAUUGCCCCGUUUGUGAUGUCAUUCGGAUUCAGAGUAUUUGGAGUUGUACUUAUCAUUGUGGACAUUAUAGUUGUGAUCCUGGAUCUGGCUAUCAGUGAGAGGAAGAAGGGUACAGAGAUUCCUGAAGGUGUUUCCCUGGCAAUAGCACUCUUCUUUCUCAUCGAUGUUUUCCUGAGGGUGUUUGUUGAAGGCUUCAGGAACUAUUUCCAGUCCAAACUGAAUAUUUUGGAUGCAUGUAUAGUGGUGGGCACCCUGUUAAUUAAUUUGACAUACUGCUUCUUAGAUGUUGAUGCAGCAAAGGAGAUACCAAGAAUGGUUAUUUUCCUCCGAAUCCUGAGAAUUGUCAUCUUGAUAAGAAUAUUUCGUCUGGCUUCGCAAAAGGAGCAACUUGAAAAGGUGACCAGGAGAAUGGUCUCUGAAAACAAAAGACGUUAUAUGAAAGAUGGCUUUGAUCUGGAUCUCACUUAUAUUACUGAUCGAAUUAUUGCAAUGUCAUUUCCAUCUUCUGGGAAGCAGUCUUUCUACAGGAAUCCCAUAAAGGAAGUUGCAAGAUUUUUGGACACCAAACAUCCAGGCCACUAUAAAGUCUAUAAUCUCUGCAGUGAACAAGGCUACGACCCCAAGUACUUUCACUACAGGGUGGAAAGGAUCUUCAUUGAUGACCACAAUGUCCCAGCACUACAGGACAUGCUGAAAUUCACUGCCAGUGUCCGUGAAUGGAUGAGUCAGGAUGAGAAGAAUGUUAUAGCAAUUCACUGUAAAGGGGGCAAAGGCAGGACUGGAACAAUGGUCUGUACUUGGCUCAUAGACAGUGACCAGUUUGAGAGCGCAAAGGAAAGUUUGGACUACUUUGGGGAGAGGAGAACUGAUAGAAGCACAAGUACCAAGUUUCAAGGAGUUGAAACACCCUCACAGAGUAGGUAUGUUGGGUAUUAUGAGAUCCUGAAAAACAAGUAUAACUUGGAACUCCCACCAGAGAGACUACUCAAAAUAAAAAACAUCAAAAUCCACACUAUACAUGGAGUUGGGAAAGGCAAUGGAACUGAUAUGAAGGUGCAGAUAAUAACAAGGAAGAGAAUUGUACUACAAUGUGUAUGUGGCAAUCAAAACAACUGCAGGCUUUUCUUUGAUUCUGAAAGUGACACUGUAGUCAUUGGCUUGGAAGACUGCCCUGUUCUAAGUGGUGAUGUGAAAGUCAGAUUUGAAUGCAAUUCUGCUCUUCCAAAAGGCUAUGAUGGGUGCCCAUUCUUUUUCUGGUUCAACACUUCCUUUAUUGAAAAUAACAGACUCUACCUUUCCAGGAAUGAGCUGGAUAACCCUCACAAGUCUAAAACAUGGAAAAUCUAUAGUGAGACAUUUGCUGUGGAGGUGAACUUUAUUGAUGCAUAAGGGAAAUCUGAAAGAAGGAAAACAUGUAAAAUUCAUCUCUUUCCUGGAGAAUGUCUUGCUGUUUCAGUAUAAAGUGAAGCAGUGUCACUUGGAUGUAUCUACACAGAAACACACUAAGUACAACUUCUCAAAUAAAGCUACAUGAAGUUCUGUUGCACGGGGCCAAAACACUCUGAAGAGUUACUUAAUGUCAGUUGACUUUCACAUGAUGGGCUGUUGGAUUCCUGGAGCUUAGAUAUCUCUGCAUACAGCUAAUUCUUGUUAGAGUAAUCAAAAACAAUUACUUGUCUUUAAGCAUAAGCAUUACCAUGAUGGUUGAAGACCAGCAGUUUGCAUGAGACUGGAAAAACCUGACACGAUUCCCUCAGCAUUGGGGUUUUCCACUAAUCAGUAGAAUAUGGGAAUUUUGAAGGAGAAAUAUUAAUCUCCCUCUGUUGGAUUGUUGCAUCUUGAGCAGAAGCCUUGGUAUUGAGCUGCUCUUCAUCAGUAAUCAGUGAUGUAGUGCUUUGAGCAACACCUGGCCUGGGAGCUGCCUGUGGAGGCUGGAGACUGCACAGCUGCUUUUCUACUGCUGUACCUCCCCACAAAGGGCUGCAAUGGCCACUUGCCCUAAGGCUUAAGACUGGCUCUCAUCAGCUCCUGAGCAUUCCAGCUGUCUGGGAUCAGUUAGUGUGGUUGCCUCAAUGCCUGCAUAUGAAGGUGAUCUGUGCACCUGCUCAUUUGAGCAAAUAGUGCAAAUGCUCACUGGCUCCUCUUGAGUUGUACUAAGACCUGUAGUGCACAAACUUCCGGGAUGCUUAUUCUACUUCCAACUAUUUUCAGCAGUGCAGCUCUUCUGUGGAGACUGUACCUUCAUUUGUGUGAAAUGUGUUGAGGUGUUAGCUUCUUAGUUCUGCUGCUUCAUUAGUCUUUUUGUUCCUGGGAACCAAAAAGUGGAAGGGAAAUGACAUAGCUUUCCAGUUAAUGAAAUAAGCAGAGGUCACAUACCUCCCUGUGCUCACUUGAAGGUAGUUAUGUAUUAUGAAGUAUAUCAUGUGUGGGCUCAGCUUCUGCUAUUGCUAUGUAUUACCUCAUUGUCCACAUGAAUGUGCCUAGGGGCUAAAAAAGGAUGCACUUCAUUGCAGCUCCAAGCCAAGUUCAUUUUGGCUUAGCUCAGGCAUUUGGAUAUCUGUCCACUGUCCGAGGAUGCCCUUUCAUAUAGUUGGCAGGGCACCUAAGGUGACCCAUCUUCCUGCUUAGGGACUAAGCCAGUUUGCUCAGAUAGCAGCAGCAGAGGCUGUAGCAGCAAGUGAGAUUUUCCUAGUUGAA